CGACAAAAAGCAACAGCAGGUGGCGGCGCGGUGGCGAUGACAGCAGGAGAUGGAGCAUCGCUCAGUUCCUCGGCAAGGAUAGAAGAGGAACUCGAUGAACUGCGACAAGAGCUAAGUAUAUGUGAAGCUGAGCUCGGAGUGUGGAAGCACCGCCUUUCGGUCGCCCUGAAAAAAGGACAAGGGAAUUCGAGCAGCAACCUUAAACGCCGACUUGACGAAUGUCCUGCGACGGAUCCCGUCGUCCCUGCAGUCAAUUCACUUCAAAAUGUUGAGAAGGACCCAACCAACGGUCACAGCGCCAUCAAACGCCCUCGUUCUGUAGAUACGUCCACGGAGGAACCCAGAGUCGCUGCAGAGCUUAUUUCAAGUACAGUUGGGGAAAAUGAGGUGCCUCCAGCCGUGGGUGUAACCCCAAUAACCCCGCAGUCAUCAUUAUCAACUUCCUUACCGACACCAACGCCAUUAUCGUCCCCGACGAAUGGAUCGAUUGAACCACUUGCGUCCAUGCCAGAGCGCCAGAAGUUGCUUCAAGCAUUGCGAGAUGAAAAAGCAAAAGCUCAGCGGCGGGAGAAGCUCCUGGAACUGCAAAAGACAGCCGAAGAGACACUGAAGAAACAACGAAUUGCACGUGCUCAGUUGGAGCUCGCCGAGCGCAAGGAGCUACCUACCAACUAUCAACCAUUCAAGCCAAGCGUUGUCAAGCCAACGGCAAUAUCUAUGGCAUCCUUCCAAAGACCCUCACGACCAGCCCAAGGAUCAUCCUCAAUGUCCGUACACCAACGGACGUUCAAGCGGUCACGACUGCAUGCAACAAGUGCCGACGUUCCACCGCCGGUGACUCCAGUCACAACUUUGGAAAGGCAUAUGUAUGAAUUACCACAAUACACCGCGUUGGGGUUGGACUCUGCUGCCGACGUUGUAUCACAUUUGUUUCGGGUGUGCAUUCGUUGGAUCCUUGAGACGAACGAGGUUCCGUCUGUCGACGAAUUGGAAGCCAGGUUUCUGAAAUAUGCUGGCAAAGACUACACCGCUACAAAUGUCCCCACUUCGAGCACGGAAGAAGCACUUCUGGAGGUGGCAUCGAUUGUGAAGACUUUUCCACUGCUCCAUGCAUGCGUUUCGGGGCAAGACCGGCUGGGACGUGACAGGUCGAGCGAUUCAAUCGACGUUGCAUUGGAAUCCCAACCGUCGUCGCUGUGGAACAUGCUCGUUCCGCACGAAAUGUGUACUGGAGAUCAUUUGUUCGCUUAUCUUACGGAAUCCCGAGAGAAUAUUCUCUCGGCACUGUCGCUGUCAUCGCGACUCCAAUCCAAGGAAUCGACAGCGUCUGUUCUCGACUUGGUCCUCUCUCAAGUGUACUUGGCCGGCACGACGCAAUUGUCAUCGGCUCUCCAUACACUCAUUCCUGGCGCGCCUCCAAGUGACGUGCAUGUGACUCUCCCAGACUUGUACGCAUUGCCAUCUGCGUUUCAUGCGCCAUCGGACCAAAAUUCGCAUUUGACGACGUCAAACGAUCAAACUUCACACCCUGUUGUGCCGUUUUCGAUCGACAACGAUUCCCCGCUACUUCAAAUCCGAGCGUAUCGAUUCCACCCAAGCUUUGCAAUCACGAGAUCAAACAAGCGGUCCCUUUUGAGCGCCACCUACGCAAACACAAUCGAUCCGAUGAAGGUGCUUUGCCCAUAUGAGCUGAAUGGCGUUUGCAACGACGAUCGAUGCGAAUACCAGCACGAACGAGACUAUUUGAUGUCACAACACACAGCGUACUCGGAGCUCAUGCGAUGCCUUGAGGGCCAAGAACCGCCGCAUGACGCGGACACGGACCCCCAAGAGUUAGAACGUCGGGCCGUCAAGGCUGUAGAGAAGUUUCAUGCUUCAUCCAGUUCGUCACCGGCGGAACUACUCGUUGCUAAAUCGACUCGCCAGCAUACGACGGGUUCGCUGGUCUCUACAAGGUUGACAGAUCAAACCACCUUGCAGAAACACGCCCAUUCAUUUUGUACCUUCAUGGAGCCUCUUGCGAAAUUGCGGUCGAUGGCACCCAGUACUUCGUUCAGUUUGCAAUUCUUGUUAGAGGACGAGCUUCAUGGUGGGUCGACCAAAAAAAGUCCAUCGAGACAGUCUGCCGUGAAGGAAGCUACACCGGCGGCUCAAGUGACUCAACUGUCACCAGCGAUCGACGACGAAAAUUAUUUGGCAUUGGAGGCCUAUCCUGACUUGGCUGUCGACCAACUCACAAGCUUCGAACGAUACUACGCAAAGGAUUGCACUCAGUCACUAAUCCAAGAGCUCGAGCUGCAAGUGGAGCAGCAUCCUGAAGACGUUGACGCUUGGAUUUCCCUGGCAUUUCUCCACGUUGACGUCGAUAUACCCAACAUCGACGAUGUGGGCUCGUGGUGUUGCCAGUCCCAAGUGUUUGAGAUUAUCGGGGUUGUGCGGUCGAAGCGGUGCUCAAACGAAGCCAUCCACAUGGACAAGACGCUGCACAUUUUGGCCCGGGCCCUUGAAGUCGAGGCCAAUCUAUACAAUGAAGUGCUAUGGCACUUGUACUUGGAAUUUUACACCAGUGAAGGAGCGUAUGAAUUAGCCGAACAAGCAACACGUUUUCUUCCGGGAUCUGCGAAGCUGUGGAUGUGCCAACUCGAUUUAUGCAAGUUUGAAUCCGUCGCUGAUGCUUCGUUUGUGCACGCCACGGCCAUCGAGAAGAUGCUCAAGCACUCCAAAGCUUCGGUGCCCCUCGUUUCCCAGCCGAUCCUAUCGCUCAUUGUCCGGUGGUGCAACAUGUUUGUCGAUGCUGGACAUGUAGACCGUGGACGCCAGUUAUUGCUGUCCAUUUUGGAAGACACCGAAGACAAACCAACCUGUUUGGCGGCGUUUCAGUUGGACCCCGACCAUCUCGCCAAGCUGUGGCUUAUAUACUUGGACUUGAUGCUGUUCGACGCAGUGUCGACGCCGGAGGAUCGGACCUUGUACGAUUACAUUUACUCCUACACGGCCGUUCAAGUCGAGCUGAAGCGCCAACACGCUCGUGGACCCGCUUACUGCUGUACUGUGUUCAGGCGUGUUUUGCAAGGCAUGCAGAGCACCAUCGGAUCGAACCAUCUUGGCAUGCGAAUAGCUUUGGUUAAUCACGUGAUCAUCCAAGGUGCUGUGGUCAAAGACCAUGCCGACGUCAUGCAGUUGAUCGAAUCGUUGGAAGAACAAGCCGAAGCCAUGCCACCAAGACUGUGCCACACAAUUGCAACCACUGUCGCGGCAAUGGGAUACCCCUAUGACGCCUUGGCGACACGAUGGGCAGCAAGAAUGACAGGGUUGUCGUCGUCACAAGAAAAUCGCAUGUAUGCGUGCAUCCUGGGCAAUGCGGCAACUGACCAGACGUUGCUGGAUCGUCCACACUAUGUGUCGGACCUCUUGCAAUGGACGGAAUCAUUGAGCAAGGAGGCGUUGCCUGGUGUUGCUCGAGGUAUUUUAUUACUGCAUGCGAUCGCGCGCUUGGAUGGCGUGACCAAAGCUAGUCAGCACUUGGACUGGGUGCUGCGGCGGCCGAGUGUGCUAGCUCACUUGCCGGCAGUGGAUCAGCACCACUUGUGGUCGCUCCGUCUGCAAUGGGCGAUUCAACUCGUUGGGGACGGAGACAAAGUCAUCCGGCGGUACAUUCAAAGCGUCGACAGCGUGCCGCGAAAGUGGACGUCCGUUGCCGCAGCCAUCGAGUGGUGUUUCGAACCGUCAUCGCGACGCUUUGGAUUUGCGCUGUUCAGUCGGUACACGUCCAGCAUUCCAAAGCCCCUCCACGCCCCUCUCUAUGCCAGUUUUGCCCAAGCCUUCGCGUGUUAUCCGCCAUUUUUUGCUGCCUAUGCACAGUGCCAGUUUUCAAGCGAUCGAGAUCGCUUUGCAUUCACGAGUGCAUUGAGGCUGUGCAUCACUGCACUACCACGCAACUCGAUGCUCCUUCGUGUCGCCGUCCACGCAGAACUCGCCCAUCUCAACCGAGCAGCCCACACUCGCUUGAGGUCGCAUAUCAAAUCAUGCAUGUUGGCAAACCCGAUUGCUGCGGCACCGUACCAAAUUGCGUUCGCAUUGGACACUGCGUUUGGAAACUCCAAGCUCGUCCUGCCUCAGUUGCAGGACCUUACACAGCUGCUUCUUCGCCGUGGAAUUCUCGACCUGAAGCAUGCUCAGUCGUCCACGACUGCGUUUUCCAUUCCUGGCAACCGACUUGUCCAUGUUCCUCCGUCCCUGUCCUUCAUGAAGGACUUGUGCGAGCUGAAGUUGUCACGAAAUUGCCUCCUCGGCCUUCCUGACACGUUGUUCCUUUCGUUGCGGCAUUUGCAAGUGUUGGAUCUGUCGUUCAAUUCGCUGCUGCGGCUGCCCGAGUCGAUCGUCGGCCUCAGCCAGUUGCGUGUGCUGAAUGUAUCGCACAAUCACCUCCAGGACCUGCCUCUGUUGUUUGGUCAGCUGCACGCUUUGGAAGACUUGGACGUGUCGUGGAAUUUGGUCACGGGGCUCCCGUCGACCUUUGUCGCAUUGAAGAACCUUCGUCGGGUGAACGCUCGAGGUACAUAUCUCUCUAUGGACUUGCUUCGACGUAGCAUUACGUGGCUGCCGUGCACGAUCGAGGCGAACGACAACAUGUACAGCCCAGGGAACUCAAUCUCUGGACUGCAUGUGCCGCUGCACGCAUCGUUGGGUCCUUGUGCGCACUGCCACAAAAAUGCUGGUAAAACCCAGCGAUUCAACGCAGCCGUGUUGUGCCCUAAGUGCAUCUUGGUGGCGUUGCUCCCGUUGCUGUAGGAGUUGUCCGUCGACAGAACUUCUUCCUAAUGUCAUGUCUAACUACUGCCAUUUCGAAGCCAUUUUCGUCUCCUUUG